AUGGCCUCGCAGAACGUAGAGAACCAAAAGGGUGAAUUGAGGCAGCAGGGAGCCAUUGAGACUGCGCAAGAGGCCUCCAAAGACCCUCAAUCUAAACUCCGACCAGAAACGGUAGAGAAGGUAUUAAUCGAGGAAACAAGGAAAGCUGGCUUGCCUGCGUAUCAAUUCAACCCUGACGCCUCACCUGAAGAGAAAGCCGCCGCCGCAGCAGCACGAGUACCACCAGGUUUUCACCAUGACAAAAAGCCCAAAGCGAAAGCUAUUGUUACGGACGUUGACGAUGGAACUCCCGACCAAUAUGACCUGCCCCCUCCAAGAUCAGCGUCGGACCUCAUCAAGGAAGAAGCUUUGAAACCUGAGGAGGACAAAAAGGAAGACGCGGAAAUCACCGAUGAUUUGAGAUGGGCGCGCGACCGGACAGGAUGGGCUCCGCAGUUCGAAAAGCCACAGACUGAAGAAGAAAAGGCAGAGGGUACAUUGUUAGAUCAUCAGGACUUUCUGGAGAGCAAACUGGAUGAUAAGUUCUUCGGAGACUGGUAUCACAAUGCCGGCGUGAUUAUCUUUGCGUGUUUAGCCUCCUGGCUCGUUGCUGUCUUGGGCGGCGGACUGGGCUGGAUCUUCAUUGUCAUGGCUGCGUGCAGUACGUACUAUCGGACAUCGAUUCGGCGCCUGCGACGAAAUUUCCGGGACGACGUCAACCGUGAAAUGGCCAAGCAACGCCUGGAAACCGACACCGAGAGUUUGGAAUGGAUCAACAGUUUCCUGGUCAAAUUCUGGCCCAUUUAUGCGCCCGUCUUGUGCGACUCGAUCAUCAACUCGGUGGAUCAGGUUCUCAGCACUUCGACCCCUGCCAUGCUCGAUAGUCUGCGACUGAAGACUUUUAUCCUGGGUAGCAAGCCUCCGCGAUUGGAGCACGUCAAGACCUAUCCUAAAACCGAAGUCGACACUGUCAUUAUGGAUUGGAAAUUCAGUUUCACGCCGAACGACGUCAUGGAUUUGACUGCCCGCCAGCUGAAGAACAAGAUCAACCCUAAGGUCGUCUUGGAAGUCAGAGUUGGCAAAGGUGUUGUGAGCAAAGGUCUAGACGUGAUUGUUGAGGACAUGGCUUGCAGCGGUCUCAUGAGGGUCAAGGUGAAGCUUCAGAUUCCUUUCCCUCACAUCGAGCGUGUUGAUGUCUGCUUCUUGGAGCGACCGGAGAUCGACUAUGUCUGCAAACCCCUCGGAGGCGACACUCUUGGCUUCGACAUCAACUUCAUUCCCGGUCUUGAGAGUUUCAUCAAGGAGCAGAUUCACGGCAAUCUGGAACCCAUGAUGUAUGCCCCCAAUGUCUUCCCGAUCGAAAUUGCCAAGAUGCUGGCUGGCAACCCUGUGGACCAGGCUAUCGGCGUGGUUGCUGUGACACUCCAUGGCGCUAGGCAGUUGAAGAACCCGGAUAAAUUCGCAGGAACCCCCGACCCUUACGCUGUGGUGUCCCUCAACAAUCGUAUUGAACUGGGUCGCACGAAGACCGUUCACGAUACGGAUAGUCCCAGAUGGGGAGAAACGAUCUAUGUUAUUAUCACGUCCUUUGCAGAGUCGCUCACAAUCAUCCCAUACGACUGGAAUGAGUACCGGAAGGACAAAGAACUCGGCACUGCUACUUUCCCAUUGGACAGGCUUGAAGAACAACCAGAGCACGAAAGCAUCUACCUCGAAGUCAUGGCUAGCGGCAGACCGCGUGGUGCAAUCCAUGCCGAUAUUCGAUUCUUCCCCGUGCUGGAAGGUCGCAAGCUGGAGAACGGCGAGACUGAGCCCCCACCGGAACUGAACACUGGUAUUGCCCGGUUUACCGUUGAGCAGGCUAAGGACCUUGAUGCAUCGAAGAGUAUAGUUGGCCAACUUAACCCCUACGGCGUGCUUCUGUUGAACGGAAAGGAAAUCCACAUCACGAAGAAACUGAAGCGUACGAACAACCCUAUUUUCCAGGACAACUCCAAGGAAUUCUUGAUCACGGACAGAAAGUCGGCUCGCCUGGGGCUGAUCAUCAAGGACGAUCGCGAUCUCAGAACGGAUCCCAUUCUUGGUUCGUAUCAAAUCAAGCUGAAUGAUAUGCUCAAGAUGAUGGAGAAGGGCCAGAACUGGUUCCAUCUUCACGGAGCCAAGACUGGACGCGCCAAGUUGACCUUGCAGUGGAAACCAGUUGCUAUCGGUGGCAUAUCUGGAAGUGCUGGUUACAUUGAUCCUAUUGGUGUGAUGCGCUUCCACUUCAAGAGUGCAACUGAUCUUCGGAACCUGGAGAAGAUGGGCAAGUCUGAUCCAUACGUCAGGGUUCUGCUGUCUGGAAUUAUGAAGGGCCGUACGGUUACUUUCCGAAAUAACCUCAACCCUGAGUGGGAUGAGGUAGUAUAUGUCCCUAUUCACAGCGCCCGUGAGAAGCUUACUUUGGAGGUUAUGGAUGAGGAGUCCAUCAACACUGACCGGAGCCUGGGCUCAUUUGAGAUCAACGCUUCUGACUACGUCCAUGAGAAUGAGAACGGUGAGUUCGAGACCGACGAUGAGAAGCAGCUCAUCUCAAGUCCUCUUCGCUUGGGCCACCGUGAAAAGGGUGUGCUCAACUACACCGUUGCAUUCUACCCGGCUGUGCCUGUGGUUAACCCUGAGGAUGAGGAAGAAGAGGAAGCCGAGGAGAUGGAAGGUCUCGAUGUCCCAGCGGCGAGGAAGAGUAUCGACUCUAGGCGCAAAAGCUCCCAUUCCAAGAACCCUAGCGUCGAUUCUAAGGCAUCAAAAUCCUCCACCAAUGGCCAAAACGGUGCUGCGACAAACGGUACUACGACUAAUGGUGAUGAACUCAAGGUACCCAACCGCAGCGGUAGCUUCUCAACCGCCAGGGACUCCGAAGCCAUGUCCGUCAGGUCUAUCAAGGAAGUGCCCAAGACAUACAUUGGCCCAGAAAAUAUUUCUAAAUAUGAGUCUGGUUUCUUUGUGUUCAAGUUCCACGAAGCUCAGCUUGCUCGAUCGAAUGUGCAGUUGGAGGUUCUGAUGGACGACCACAUGUUCCCGUCAUACUCGACACCUAAGAUCCGCUCAAAAGCUGCCAAGCUCGUGGAUGUUGGAGAUGCUUUCGUACGUGAACUGGAAUUCUCCAAGAUCACUCUUCGCCUGGUGGACAAGAACGAUGCCAAGGACGACAGCGACGAACACACAGUUGCGAAGCUGACUGGCGAUACACUUCCUACGCUGCAGCGUAUUUUGUACACGCCCACUGAACUUGUUCUCCGGUCGAACGACGGGGAGGUGAGCAAGGUGACAGUCAGUGCCAGGUACAUCCCUGUGAAGAUGAAGCUUGACCCGUCGGAGAGCAUUAACAACAUGGGUAACCUUCGUGUGAAUGUUCUGGAUGCCGCCGAGCUUCCCUCUGCAGACCGCAAUGGCUUCAGCGACCCUUACUGCAAAUUCAAAUUGGAUGACAAGGAGGUUUUCAAGACCAAGGUGCAGAAGAAGACUCUUCACCCUGCAUGGAACGAAUUCUUCGAGAUCCCCAUCAAGUCUCGAAUUGGCGCCAAAUUCCGCGUGGACGUGUACGACUGGGAUUUUGGUGACAAGGCCGACUACCUAGGUGGUGCCGACAUCAACCUUGAAAUGCUGGAGCCCUUCCACAGCCAGGAGGUUACGUUGACACUCGACGGCAAGUCGGGAGCCAUCCGGCUGAACCUGCUUUUCAAGUCAAACUAUGUCAUGCGGUCCCGUCAAGGAUCCUCCACAUUCUCCGGUACUUUCGCAACACCCGGCAAGAUCGUUGGCGCCCCCGUCAAGGGAGUCGGCUUUGUCGGCGGCAACGUCAUCAAGGGUGCAUCUUUCUUGAAGCAUGGCAUCAUGUCGCGGUUCAAGGGGGAUGAUUCGUCGAGUGAUGAGAUCCCGGAGGAACCAGAAGAAGUUUCGAAGACGGAGACAACCCAGACACCAUCGGCCAUCUUGGUCGACGGUGCGACACCACCAAGCUCGACUCCCAACUCAUUACAGCACGCACGAACCCGAAGCGUGGUGUCGCACUUUGGUGACCGACUGGGCAUUGGUGGCAGUGCUGGCAAGGGGGAGACUGGCACGGCGACGAUCACUGUGGUGUCUGCCAGCAACUACCCUCCAUCAUCCAACGUCCGAGUCAUAAUCAAGGCGCUCGGUCCUAAGGGUGCCAAGGAGGUACUCAAGACCAAGGCCAUCAAGGCCAGUGGCGGCGGGCCGGUGCAGUUUGACGCCUCGCACGAGACUUGCCGAGUGCACAACACCACGGCAGACGCGCAGUACCAGGUACGCGUCGUCGACCACUCGACAUUUGGAUCGGACAGCACUCUGGGCGAGGCUUUGUUCUUUGUGGACGACCAGGGCUCCGUGGCCGGACAAGAGAAGCAGGUCAAGGUGGGCAGCGGGGUUGUGUGCAUCCGCAGCAGUUUCUCGCAGCCGGAAUCGAGCCUGCGGCCUGGAACUGCGCACUCCAACAAUGAUGCGUCGUCGGAGCUGAUGGACAGUCCCGACUCGAAGAAGACGGGCCGACGAAGCUUCCUCAGCAAGAGGAGCGUGAGUGGGGCAUAG